UUGGCGGCGCAGUACAGAGUGGAGAGAAGAAAAGCAGGGCGAUUUGAGAGGACUUCAAUGGAGGACCCAAUAUGCCCAAUCGACGCAAAAUUUGCCGGCCAAGUUUCCGCCCUUCUCACGCCUCCGCCCCUUCAUCAAGAGUACUAUGAAGUACUUGUAUCUGAAAGAAAAUGCUCCAGGCUCAGGGUGAAACCAGAGAGCGAGCAUGGCAAAGGAGUUUUCAGUGAAGUAGAUUUUCAAGAAGGUGACCUAGUAUUGAAGGAUCAAAUGCUUGCUGGUGCACAACAUUCAUCCAACAAGAUCGAUUGCUUGGUGUGUAGCUUUUGCUUCCGAUUCAUUGGCUCUAUAGAGCUUCAGAUUGGAAGGAAACUGUAUCUGGAAGAGUUGGGGAUCCGUGCAGUUGAUGAGUGUGGGCCUUCUAAUGAUGAGGGAUCGUGUAGUAGCCCAUCACACAAGACUCGUCUCCCACAAGAUACUAUCCAGUCAUUAAUGAAUGGCAACUUGCUUUUACCCUAUUCAGAGAAGUUCCCUUUGCCUUCGGUUGUUUCAUGCCUGGGAGGAUGCCUAGAAUCUCAUUACUGCAGCCAAUCGUGUGCGGAAGCUGAUUGGGAUUUGUUCCAUUCAUUACUCUGUGAUGGGAAAGGAUCAUCUUCACCUAAUACAAAAGCACUCGAGAAAUUCACGAAACAUGCAAAUGAAACAAAUGAUAUCUUCAUCCUUGCUGCAAAGGUGAUUUCAUCUACCAUUUUGAGAUACAGAAAGUUAAAAGUGGCUCAGGGUGAAGAGAAGGGCAAGAAUGAUGCAUCUUGUCUGAACAACAAUGAUAUCUCCUCUUUCCUAUUGGAGGCAUGGAAGCCUGUUUCCAUGGGAUUCAAGAGAAGGUGGUGGGAGUGUGUUGCUCUGCCUGAAGAUGUUGACUCUUCAUCGCCAGUGGAGGAUUACUUCUUGUUCAUUGAUGAUCUUCCUCUCUCUCAAAAGAAAGAAGCUGAAAAGAUAACAAAAUCAUUCCUUGAUGCCCUUGGAGAUGAUUACUCAAUUUCAUGUGAAGGUACUGCAUUUUUCCCGUUGCAGAGCUGUAUGAAUCACUCAUGCAUUCCUAAUGCAAAAGCAUUUAAGCGGGAAGAGGACAAGGAUGGCCAAGCUACUGUCAUAGCUCAACGACCAAUUAGAAAGGGAGAAGAGAUAACGAUAUCGUACAUAGAUGAGGAUCUUCCUUACAAAGAGAGGCAGGAAUCACUAGCUGACUAUGGGUUCACAUGUAAAUGCCCCAAAUGCAUCGAAGAAGAGUCAUGACACAAUUUAUCCUUCUGCUAUCUCCCAUGAAUGCCUUUGUUUUACCUGAACUUCCUCACUUAUUGGAAGCUGACCAUUUUUCACUAAAAAAUAUUUUCACGCACAAUUUUCCAUGAAUUGUUUUGCACAGAACAGUCUAGAGAUGUUAGUGAGGAUUUAGUUGCUGGUUAACUUAUGUUAGAGGCAGCCAAAAAUCAAAGAAUUUUGUGUUUUCUGCCUCUUCCCUUUUGCUUGACCCACUUAUUCUUAUAUUUUCUGGCUUUGAAGAUAAUAUAAUAGAUGACUCGAAACCACUGAUUUCCAACAGUGACUUGUAGAAAUCUUUGUGUUCGAUGAAUCAAUGUAAAAUGACAUGAGUACGUUGUGACCUGAUUAACUAAACUACAUUGCCUUAUGUACCAAAC